AUGAGUGCUCUAGCUCGUGGAGUUGUGGUUACUGUGUUUUGUGUUUUGGUUUUAAAUGGUUUGGUUUUGGGUGAUAAUGGUGGAGGAGGUGGACUUGGCCAUGGGGGUGGUCUAGGCGGAGGUGGUGGACUUGGCCAUGGUGGUUGUCUGGUGGAGGAGCUGGUGGGGGUUAGGUGGGGAGCAGGUGGAGAAGGUGGAUUGGUGGUGGGAGCGGGUGGGAGGAGAGGACUUGGUGGGGGUGGAGGAUUAGGUGGUGGAGCAGGUGGAGGGGGCGGUCUGGGGGGGUGGAGGCUUAGGGGGGGUGGGGGUGGCGGUGCAGGAGGUGGAUUUGGCGGUGGUGGAGGAGCUGGUGGUGGUGCUGGAGGAGGGUUUGGAACUGGUGGGGGUUUGGGGAAAGGUGUAGGUGUUGGUGGUGGAGUUGGUGGAGGAGGUGGUGGUGGUUUCGGUGGAGGAGGUGGUGGUGGUUUCGGUGGAGGAGGUGGGUUUGGUGCGGGCGGGGGUGGUGGGUUUGGCGGUGGAGCAGGAUUUGGAGCUGGUGGAGGCGGCCACUAA